GCGGCCGUAUUCCUCCUGCACAUCGCACUGGAAAUCCCGCUUGCCGUUCAGGGGAUAUGGUCACCCCAGGCGUUACCGUUCAUGCAGAUGACGAACACGACUCUCGUGAUGUUGAAGGUAGCGUUCGCACACACCCCUCCCUCCUUCUAUUCUUACUCCCCUCGGAUGUCGUUGCUGAUCGUUGCUCUUUUGGUGGGUGUGUGGGUUGACUUCCUCCCCGGCAAACGCGCAUUCGCAAUCCAACUCUGCAUAUAUCACUCCGUCGCCUCGACCGUCCUCUUCCAAGCUCCCAGGUUCAUCCCGCAUUCGUUCGGACCCUUUGCUGAAGCCUCGAAAUUCACACCCGAAAUCCUCUGGGGCGGUCUUCAUGGGAUCCUCUCUAUGGGCAUGGUCCUCUGGUGGCAGAGUACGGUUAGUGCGACGCAGGCGGUGAAGCAGUCGUGA